AUGGCAUCAACCUCCGCUCCCGCGCGUUCUCCCGGCGCGGACAAGCCUGGCGCCGGCAAGCGCGCCGCCACCGCCGCCGCACCCGAGGCUCCCGAGCCAAAGCGCCGCAAGGUGGAGGUCGGUGGCCUAACCCGCGAGGAGCGUCUGGAGGUCAUCGACCUCACCGUUGACGACGAAGAUGACGAGGAUGAGGAGAAGAAGGAGAAGAAGGAGGCUGUGGCUGACCCCGAGGUGUUGGCCAAGCUCACUAUGACCCCGGAGCAACACCGCUCCUGCAUGGAGAUCAUCCGCAAGGGUGAGCUGGCCUUCAAGUGGCUGCCAGCAUCUCUUCCGCCUUCGUCAGCCAUAUCAACAAUUUGUAUACCGGCAGCAACGAUCCGUUCAUCAGCGACGACGGCAGUAGCGACACCCUUGAAGCUCUCAACCUGGAUGCCCGGUGCCCGCGUCCUUGCGCUCCAAGGCGUCCUCGUGCCCCCGAGUGACGAGAUGGCACAACUUCGUCUCCUCGCAGCCUCGGCGGUCGGACUCGGCUGGCUGGCUUACCUGAAUGCUCAGCUUUGGGCUCUCUUCCUUCUCUCCACUCACAACCAAAAUCAUAACACGCAACUUUACGCGACAAGCUAUCAGCUACACAUUGCAUCCCCUCACAGAGGCUUGAUCAUGUUCUCCAACAACAAGAUCAUGUCCUCCAACAACAAGAUGAUGUCCUCCAACAACAACAUCAAGUCUUCCAACAGCAAGACCAAGUCCCUCGUCAAGCCCUUCGUCCAGGGUUUCGAGACCAUCGAUGACCCCUUCUCCACUUCCCCUGAGCCCACCAAGGCCGAGGAGAAGGAGGAGGCCGCCAAGGCCAUCAACAACCUUCGCUCUCACGGCGUCAUGAUCGUCAAGAAAAAGGAUGAUCUCACCACCCUCCAGAACGACUUGAAGCGUAUCGUCAAGAUCCUCGACGACACUGCUGAGACUGCUCCCGAGUACCAGCACGUUCUCAACCAGGCCUGUGACUGCCAGGAUCUCCUCACCGAGACCGAGAACGACUUGGAAUUUCUCUGGCGCAAGUACACUUCCAUCGCCCUUGGAGCUAACAUAGUGCCAGCAAUGACUACCACCAACGCCUCCGCCCCUGCCGCCGCCAACCCUGGCGAGCCCAUCCCAUUGCCUGCGGCCUUGCGUGCUCAGACCCGACGGGAAUUCGAAGAACACAUGAAGCGUGACAACCGCCCCGUCACUGUCAUGACAAGCGCUGGACUGGUCACCCUGAGCUUCACUGAGGUGGAAGGAAACGAUGCCGGACGCCCUCAGUGUCUCAAGCCGGGGUGCGCCAACAACCAAUACCAGGGUUACCUGAACGAGAAAUCGCGCAACAGUCACAUCUCGCAUGUGCAUGACGGUGACUGGUGGCAGUGGCACGAUGGCAAGAGGGGCAAUGACUACUACCGUGUGCUUUAA